GAAAUAUGUUUCGUUCGGUAUAUAAGCUUGCUCCAGAGCUGCAGAUAGUCACAGUUUGGCUUCUGCCUGUAUUCAGUGAGCAGCAAACCGAGUUUCACCCCGAAAAGGUCAACUAAAACCCCCUCAUCCGUGCAAAGAUGAAAUUCUUCGUCGUUGUCGCCCUGGCCCUGGUUGCCGCCGUCGCCGCCCAGGAUAAGUACACCACCAAGUACGAUGGUGUCGAUCUGGACGAGAUCCUGAAGUCGGACCGUCUGUUCAACAACUACUACAAGUGUCUGAUGGAUACUGGCCGCUGCACCCCGGACGGUAACGAGCUGAAGCGCAUCCUGCCGGACGCCCUCAAGACCGACUGUGCCAAGUGUAGCGAGAAGCAGAAGAGUGGCACCGAGAAGGUGAUCAACUACCUGAUCGACAACCGCAAGGACCAGUGGGAGAACCUGCAGAAGAAGUACGACCCGGAGAACAUCUACGUCAACAAGUACCGCGAGGAUGCCAAGAAGAAGGGCAUCAACCUGUAAGGAGUGUACGCUAUGUUUUUGUUAGUGUCA